GACUCGGUAGUCAACACUACGAAUCCCUGUUAAGUUCAAUUUUAAAAUGCGCAUUAGUUGCUGCUAUGUGUGCUCAUUUUACAAGCGAUGUAUUUUCUGUCAGCGUUUUUAGGUGUUUGUCUGACUUUGUGAUUCAUUUCAAAAGCUGACAAGGUUUAAUUAGACGUUUUUGGAAUUUUCACUUCGCCUUUUUCCCCACAUCAGUGUAUAAACCAGUGAGCUUGAGCUAGCUAUCUAGCUAGCUCGCAGCCAGCCGUACAACCUGACAGAUAUGGCGUCAGUAAUUCUAAGUUUCCCAACUCUGCACGGGUUAAGGAUUUUCACACAAAAACUAUUAUGGACCAAAAGAGGAGUGAGACUUGUUUCUGGAGGGGUGGCAAAGAUAGAGAAGGUGCUGAUAGCCAAUCGAGGGGAGAUUGCAUGUCGAGUGAUGCGUACAGCAAAGAAGAUGGGUGUCCGCUCUGUAGCUGUAUACAGUGAUGCCGAUAGACACUCUAUGCAUGUUGCCAUGGCAGACGAAGCCUAUCACAUUGGACCUCCUCCCUCCCAGCAAAGUUACCUCAACAUGGAGAAGGUUUUAGAGGUGGCUAAGAAGUCUGGUUCACAUGCAGUCCACCCUGGAUAUGGCUUUCUUUCCGAAAACACAGAAUUUGCAGAAGCUUGUAAACAGAACGGCAUCAUCUUCAUUGGGCCGCCAUCCUCGGCCAUCCGAGACAUGGGCAUUAAGAGCACAUCCAAACACAUUAUGUCGGCUGCAGGAGUGCCAAUAAUUGGAGGAUACCAUGGCGAUGAUCAGUCCAACGAGAGACUGCAAGCAGAGGCUGAAAAAAUUGGCUACCCUGUGAUGAUCAAGGCGGUCCGUGGAGGGGGUGGCAAGGGUAUGCGCAUUGCACGGUCCAACUCAGACUUCUUGGAGCAGCUGGAGUCUGCAAGACGAGAAGCCAUCAAAUCAUUCAACGAUGAUGUUAUGCUGAUUGAGAAGUUUGUGGAGGAUCCCAGACAUGUUGAGGUUCAGGUGUUUGGCGAUAUGCACGGGAAUGCUGUCUACCUGUUUGAGAGGGACUGCAGCGUGCAGAGGAGACAUCAGAAGAUUAUUGAGGAAGCACCUGGACCUGGCAUCAGCGCUGAGGUUCGAAGGAAACUUGGAGAAGCAGCUGUGAGAGCAGCAAAGGCUGUCAACUAUGUAGGAGCAGGUACAGUUGAGUUCAUCAUGGAUUCCCAGCAUAACUUCUACUUCAUGGAGAUGAACACUAGGCUCCAGGUGGAGCAUCCCGUCUCUGAGAUGAUCACUGACACAGACCUGGUGGAAUGGCAGCUCAGGGUGGCAGCAGGGGAGCGCCUACCUCUCCUUCAAGAUGACAUUAUGCUAAGAGGUCAUUCCUUUGAGGCCCGAAUUUAUGCAGAAGAUCCAAACAAUGACUUCCUCCCAGGGGCGGGGCCGCUUCUACAUCUCUCCACCCCUCCCCCUGACCAGCACACCCGGAUAGAGACCGGUGUCAGAGAAGGAGAUGAGGUGUCUGCACAUUAUGAUCCGAUGAUUGCAAAGCUUGUGGUUUGGGGGGAGGACCGCAGUGCCGCCUUAAAGAAGCUGCGCUACUGCUUACGGCAAUACAAUAUUGUGGGUCUGAGCACCAACAUCGACUUCCUACUGAAUCUGUCGGGCCACCCGCAGUUUGAAGAAGGUAACGUGAGCACCAGCUUCAUCCCUCAACACUACACAGAUCUCUUCCCUACACCGGAAGCUCCCUCUGGGAUGAGUGUCUGUCAGGCGACCCUGGGUCUGCUGCUUCAAGAGCGCAAACACACAAAGGCCUUUACGGGCAGCUCUGCAGAUCCUUUCUCGCCAUUUGGCUCGAGCAGUGGCUGGAGGCUGAACACGCACUUUUGCCGCAGCAUGACGCUGCAACUGGGAAACAACAAGGUCGAUGUGGUUAUCACAUACAACAAAGAUGGAAGCUACACAAUGCAGCUUGGCGACGAUACGUUUCACGUGACGGGAGAGCUGGAGACUGACGGUGGCGCUUCGUUUCUGCGUUGUUCUGUCAACGGCGUCAAGUCUCGACCCAAACUGGUCAUCGUGGAAGACACUGUUCACCUGUUCUCUACGGAGGGGAGGGCUGACAUGUCCGUUCCAGUUCCAAAGUAUCUGGCUGCUGUGAGCGGUUCCGGCACGCAGGGCGGCGCCGUGGCCCCCAUGACUGGGACUAUUGAGAAGGUGCUGGUGAAGGCAGGUGACGUUGUGAACCUUGGAGACCCGCUGAUGGUCAUGAUUGCCAUGAAGAUGGAGCACACCAUUCGGGCACCCAAGUCAGGCGUCAUUAAAAAGGUCUUCUUCAGCGAGGGCGCUCAGGCCAAUCGACACGCUCCUUUGGUGGAACUGGAAGAAGAGGGCGGGGCUGACGAGGAGACUGCGUAGUAGGUGGAGUGUAGGUUCAGUCUUGAAAAAUCCAUUUGAAGCUCCUUUUGGGAUGACUGAAGAUUCAAGUAGAAAUGAAAAUUUCCUCAAGAGCCAGUGGCCUUAACAUUCUGCUGCCUUUUUCUAAUUUCCUGUAAAAACAGUCUCUACCAGUUAUUACUGAUGACAAGUGAAAAAAAGAACAUCCCGCUAAUAGGAAGUUACUGAUUAGUGAAGGACAUUUGUCAUUCUCAUCAAUUAUUUGCCCACAUGCUGGUGUGUACAAUACAUUUAAAAGCUAAUCCCCUUUUAUUAUUCAGGAAAUGUCAGUUUAAAAAGUCUACUAUUGUGCAAAUGGAAAAUCAGCUUUCAGUUCAGUAGUCAUCACACUCCUCAUCAGAAUUUUUUUUUUUUUUUACUGUACUUCUAAAAAUGUUUUCGAAAUUCAGCAGAACUAUUUCCCCGACACUCCAGAAUGAUAAUGGGGUAAAUACCCCACACAGUAGUUUCUAGCCUGUGUUGAAAGAUUAUUAUUUUGAAUGCAAAUGGGCACAUCUGUUACUGCUAAUAAAUUGGGUAUCUCAAAGCUUUGGGUUGUGGUUUUGAUUGAAUCACAUUACACUACUAAACAGGGCUCAUUAAAAAUUAUUAAAGACCAAAUGUGAAGUAAGGUUGGCCAACCAAGUUUUUGAAUAAUAUAAACAAUUGUAAGCAUAUUUUCGUUAUUUUUUUUAACGCAACCCUUCCAGAUUCUUUGUUUAACCCAUAGCAACGCCCUUGACAACGAAAAUGCU